AUGCUCUUCCACGCGAUGCUCUUCCACCCUGUCGAGUUCUACCAGCACCUGCUCGCCUCCGCGCCGCUGCCCACCAAGGCGCUGACGCAGGGCCUCAUCUGGGGUGCCGGCGACUUGGCGGCGCAGUCCCGCGAGGGCAGCGGCGAGGCGCCUGCGCUGCGGAGGACGGCAAGCUUCUUUGCCACCGGCGUCGGAUCCGGCGCGCUUUGGACCACCUACUACGAUGCGGCCGACGCGCUGGUCUCGCCGCUUCCCGGCGGGGCGCUCGAGCACACGGCGGUCUCGCUGGCGCUCGAGCAGGCUGUGUGGUGCCCCAUCGUGUUCGCGCUGUACCAGAUCCCCGCGUCGGUGCUGACGAACGGCGGCGCGCCCGCUGACGUGCCCGCCGCCGUCCGGCGCCAGCUCGUUCCCAUGCUCGGCGCGAACCUGCGCAUCUGGACGCCCGCCAACGUCGUGAUCUACAACGUGCCGCUGCAGUGGCGCGUGCUCGCGUCGAACUGCGUCGAUCUCGUGUGGGGCUACGUGUGCGCCUCCUUUGCCGCCGACGCGUGCGAGCCUGGCGACGAGGAGUGCAUUGUGGAUGCGGCUGACGCGCUCGCAACGCCAGUCGGCAGCCGCCGACCAGCGCUAAUUGUGACGCGGCGGUCUGUAUCGGUGGACUUCUUCUGGCGGGACAGCGAGGGUCCCGUUUUUCGAAGCAAACCGUCCGUACUCGACGGCGGGGAUCAAACCACGGUGACAUCACAUUAA